ACAUUAGGAAAGUAUUAAACUCGGUUGUUUCUCUCCUUAUGAUGAGCCUUACACCCCUAUCCAACCUUAUGGCAAAACCAAGCUUCCUCCCUCCGUUUAUGUUUGGGCUGCUAUUUGCAACCUUUGGGGUUAUUUUGUCUGCAAAAUAUUCUAGCAUCACCGUUGAUCAAUCUGCUCUUCUAGCACUCAAAUCUCAUAUAGCUCAUGAUCCUCACAAUUUCUUGACAACUAAUUGGUCUACUUCUACCUCCGUUUGUAGCUGGAUUGGUGUCACAUGUGGAUCUAAACACUAUAGAGUCACUGCUCUGAAUUUGUCAAGCAUGGAUCUCACAGGCACCAUUUCUUCUCUAUUGGGAAAUCUAUCUUUCCUUGCUUGGCUCGACAUUCAUCAAAAUAGUUUCCAUGGCUCUUUACCCAUUGAGUUAACUAAUUUGCGUCGGAUGAAAUAUUUAGACUUUGGUAACAAUAGCUUCAAUGGAGAAAUCCCAUCAUGGUUUGGUUGCUUCACUAAACUUCAAAGAUUGUAUCUGGACGGUAACCACCUCAAAGGUCAUCUUCCAUCAAGAAUAUUUGAUAACCUUUCAAAAUUGCAAAUACUCAAUUUAGAAUCAAAUCAGAUUUCUGGUAAAAUUCCAAAUAGUAUAUUCAAGUGUAAAGAGUUGAGGAUUUUAUCAUUGUAUAACAACUCUUUGGAGGGAAGUUUGUCUUUAGAAAUUGGGAAUUUGAGUAUGCUCCGAUAUUUGUUUCUUGGUGACAACAACCUCAUAGGUGAAAUUCCGUCAGUUAUUGGAAACUUUAUUUCUCUCACGGACAUUGAUCUUGGUCUUAACUACUUUACAGGUGAAAUUCCUCGUGCUAUUGGAAACUUGACUUCUCUCCAAAGCCUUUAUCUUGACAAUAACAAAUUGACAGGUAUAAUUUCAUGUGAAAUUCCAUCAGCUAUUGGAAAUCUUACUUCUCUCGUGUUCAUCACUCUUGGUAAUAACAACUUAAGAGGAAAUUUGGAUCAUCUACAAGUUCUUAUCUUGAGAUCGAAUAGAUUUUAUGGCCAAGUGGUUAACUCUAAUGUUAUUGUUUCCUUCCCUCGUCUGCAUGUCAUUGAUCUUUCUCACAAUAAUCUCAGUGGCUACUUACCUAUCAAGUUUUUUGAGAAUCUGCAUGCCAUUAGAAAAGGGAAUGAAAAGAAAGGUAAACCGGAGUACAUGAUGAAUUCACCAGUUAAUUGGACGCGGUAUUCUUAUGUGAGAGGUUUAUCUUUCAUGGCAAAAGGGUUAGAAAUGGAGUUUGAAUCACUAUUAACCAGCUGGAUGGUAAUUGACUUUUCGAAUAAUAAAUUCUUGGGAGAAAUUCCUAAAACACUUGGUGAACUUCAUUCACUUAUUGUCCUGAAUCUCUCUCAUAAUAGCUUAACAGGUCCUAUCCCAUCAUCAUUAGGACCCAUUCCUCAAGGAAAACAAUUUAACACUUUCAACAAUGAUUCCUACAUAGGAAACUUGGGUUUAUGCGGGUUGCCAUUAUCAAAUAGAUGUGAUAAUGAUGAGAAAACUCCAGCCAAAUUUGAUGGAGAUGAUGAUGAAGAAUUGAAUUGGAGAUAUUCUAUAUUGAUGGGAUACGGAUGUGGGUUGGUGCUGGGAGUGAGCUUGGGAUACAUUGUACUCACAACUGGAAAACCAUGGUGGUUGGUUAAGAUCAUCGAGAGAGUUCAACAAAGAUUUGUAAAAAGGUAG